GCCACGCUCUUUACCACAACGGGGCAUAGAUCGGCCAUAGAUCGCCAACCGUUUCGUGUCGUCCUGCCAAAGACUGCCAGGCUGCUGUGGACUGCUGUACAAUCGACUGGCACUGCUAGUCAUGGCACCCGCUGAUCUCAAGGCCCGGUCGCAUGCUGCCCCUCACGUCCGGAUACCAAAGCUAGCGUAUCGCAUACCUCUUCCCACUGCUGCUGCCGAUGCCUCAAACAUUUCCAACAUUUCCACCGACACUAUCAAUACCCUUCGUAGCACGACUUCUACGACGACGACGAAAACUACCACCACUACCAGUACCGAUUUCACAACGACCGCGACCCGCAUCUCGUCACUGGAAAUCUCCGCCACCCGCGACCUGUCUGGGUCCGCAAUCGCAUCCCCAUCACGCCAAUCUUUUGAAUCACGCAGCGUUGCGCCAUCCAGUCUGGCUUCCUCAAAUGCUUCCGCAUCCUCCAGUUCCCGGGAAUCCGGGAACUCUACGGACCCGAAGAAGCCGAAGAAGAAAAAGACCAAUGCUGUGAUGGGCUUCCUGACCCUCAAGGAGCCCUCCCAGACAGCCCUGGAGCAAUUCGCCAUCCAGCAGCGCAAGCUCGCUGCAGAGAAAGGUGGUCAAGCCAGUCCGACCACCAUGUCUGGUGUUUCUUUCCAAAAGCUUCCCGCCAAUGUUCCCAAGGUGAAUUCGAAAUGGGAUGGUGUUCCAGAGAAAGUCAAGUCCAAAGAGAAGAGAUAUAGCACGGCGUCGCAGGCCACCUCCAAGAUCUCCAGCGCUCCCAACUCCUCCCUCUUCUCGCUCGGAUCGGAUGGAAGCCCUAAUCCUCCUAACUCCGUCGUGUCUUCCGCAAGCUCUAUGUCGGAGCUACCGAAUCCAAGGGAACGAAGAGACUCGGGGCCUUCCUUUGCACAUCUGGAUAAGUCGGCUGCGCCGCUUCCCGAAAUGACAUAUUUCUUUCCCGAUAAUCCUAAUGCUUCUGGCGCACUAUCUGAUUCCUCUCCUAUAAACGAAUUGCCCAGCCCUUCGAUACUUCCUGAGUCGUCCUACAAUACCCGUCGUGUUGACGACUCGAGCACCGCAACUUUUACAGCACCUCCUGCACCACGGAAUCUUCCCUCCCUCCAUACCGAGGUUCUUGAUAGAAGAACCUUGGAAGAUUAUGUGGCCGCAGAGGCUGCUUAUCGUUUGCCCGUUUCCAGGAGUGCGGAAGGAGAGGGACCGGCUAGCAAAACAACAGGGGAAGAACGCAACAGUGACGAUGAACACGUCGACGCGUACGACUUUGGCAGCCACGAUUUCCUCUUCGAAGAUCCAUCAACAAUGAUCAAAAAUGCGUCUCUGCUCGCCUCCGACAGCACGCCUCGGACAACAUUGAACUUCAGCCGUCCGCUCUCGACCCAGCUCGCCACGCCGCCGACAAAUCAUGUCUCGACACCUUCCACGACAACGCCGAGAUCCGGGGUGACCCGAUUGCCAACUCUCUACGAGGCCUCUAUAGCCUCCACGGCCGAGUCCAUCAACACAGUUGUGGAUGCUGCCGACGCCUCGUUUCCGAGACCCUCCAUCGCGGAUAGCGAUACCAGCUCUAUAGCAGCGUCCGUGGAUUCGACCACACCCUCGGAAAUGUCAGCAUCGUGGUAUCAAUCGCCGCGCGAGCGACUGGGCCUCGGAAGCCACAUUCGGAAGAACAAUCCUUUACCAUGGGAUCAGGGAGGGCUGAACCAGAGUAAGCGGAGAAGAAACCCGCUAUCCAUGGUGUUCAAGAGCUCGUAGUCGGUCCUCCCAACCCGCAUACGAUACCCUCCGCAUUAGUGCCUAAACACCACGAGCAAAAGGCACAAUUUGAAGCGAUCACGACAUCACAACCAUUUACCUUCGUUUGUUCGUUCGUUAUCUCAAG